GAGCGGAGCUGAAGCGUGACCUGAAACCCGAACCGCCGACACCAUGGCUAUCAAAUUUCUGGAAGUCAUCAAACCCUUCUGUGUCAUCUUGCCGGAAAUUCAGAAGCCGGAGAGGAAGAUACAGUUCAAAGAGAAAGUGCUGUGGACUGCUAUCACUCUCUUUAUCUUCUUAGUAUGUUGCCAGAUUCCCUUGUUUGGCAUCAUGUCUUCAGAUUCAGCUGACCCUUUUUAUUGGAUGAGAGUGAUUCUUGCCUCCAACAGAGGCACACUGAUGGAACUGGGUAUCUCUCCCAUUGUCACCUCGGGCCUAAUCAUGCAGCUCUUGGCUGGGGCAAAAAUAAUUGAAGUUGGUGAUACACCAAAAGACCGAGCUCUUUUCAAUGGAGCCCAAAAAUUGUUUGGCAUGAUCAUUACUAUUGGCCAAUCUAUCGUGUAUGUGAUGACUGGGAUGUAUGGGGACCCCUCUGAAAUGGGUGCUGGAAUCUGCCUACUAAUUACCAUCCAGCUCUUUGUUGCUGGAUUGAUUGUCCUCCUACUGGAUGAACUCCUACAAAAAGGGUAUGGCCUAGGCUCUGGUAUUUCACUCUUCAUUGCAACUAACAUUUGUGAGACCAUUGUGUGGAAAGCAUUCAGUCCCACCACUGUCAACACUGGCCGAGGAAUGGAGUUUGAAGGUGCCAUAAUAGCACUGUUCCACCUCCUGGCCACACGCACUGACAAGGUGCGAGCCCUUCGUGAGGCCUUCUACCGCCAGAAUCUCCCCAACCUCAUGAACCUGAUUGCCACCAUCUUUGUGUUUGCAGUGGUCAUCUAUUUUCAGGGCUUCCGAGUGGACCUACCAAUCAAGUCAGCCCGUUACCGUGGUCAGUACAACACCUACCCGAUCAAGUUGUUCUACACCUCCAACAUUCCCAUCAUCCUGCAGUCGGCCCUGGUGUCCAACCUGUACGUUAUCUCCCAGAUGCUGUCAGCUCGCUUCAGUGGCAAUUUGCUCGUUAGCCUUCUGGGAACUUGGUCUGAUACCUCUUCUGGGGGCCCUGCACGUGCUUAUCCAGUUGGUGGCCUGUGUUAUUACCUGUCCCCUCCAGAGUCUUUUGGUUCUGUGUUAGAAGACCCCGUCCAUGCGAUUGUGUACAUAGUGUUCAUGCUGGGCUCCUGUGCAUUCUUCUCCAAAACGUGGAUUGAGGUCUCUGGUUCCUCCGCCAAAGAUGUUGCAAAGCAGCUAAAGGAGCAGCAGAUGGUGAUGAGAGGCCACCGAGAAACUUCCAUGGUCCAUGAACUUAACCGAUACAUCCCCACGGCGGCUGCCUUUGGUGGGCUGUGCAUCGGUGCCCUCUCAGUCCUGGCCGACUUCCUGGGCGCCAUCGGCUCUGGAACGGGAAUCCUGCUCGCCGUCACAAUCAUCUACCAGUAUUUUGAAAUCUUUGUGAAGGAGCAGAGUGAAGUUGGCAGCAUGGGGGCUCUUUUGUUUUGA